CAUUUCUCUGCAGUCAAGAGGCUACUUCAAUUUAUCAAGGGUACUCUUCACCACGGCUUGUGGUUUCAUCCUAGUUCCUUUGAUCUUCAUGCAUUUUUCGACUCUAACUGGUCUGGGGGUGUUACUGACAGGAAGUCCACCUCUGGGCAUUGUAUUUUCUUGGGCUCCAAUCUUAUCUCUUGGUCUACAAAGAAACAAGCUACAGUUCCUUGAAAUUCUAUUGAAGCUAAAUACAAAGCUCUUACUCAGACUACUAUAAAAUUUCAUGGAUUACAAUGUUACUUCAAGAUCUUGUUGUUUCUUCUCCCACUCUUCCUAUUUUGUGGUGUGAUAAUGUAUCGCCAUUGCCCUUGCUUCUAAUUCUGUUUUCCACUCAAGGUCUAAGCAUAUCGAGGUUGAUUGUCAUUUUCUCCGAGACAAAGUGCUUACCAAGUAACUUACUUUGCAAUACAUUCCUACUAUGGACCAGUUGGUUGAUAUUUUCACUAAACCUUUAUCCGUCUGUCAAUUCUCUUAUCUCAAGUUCAAGCUUAUGGAGUUCACUCACCCCAUCAGCUUGCAGGGGCAUGAUAAGACAUCAAACAACAGUUGCAGCUCAUCAUCAUCAUUAGUGUUGCAGCUAUAACCACAUCAUCAGCUCAAGCCUACAGUUGGUUAGUUAGUUAGAGUAAAAGUUUGUUAGAGUAUGUGUGCGUGUAUCAAUUAGUUGAGUAGAGGUAAAUUAGUUGUAACUUCCCGGAUACUCUCGAACCACUCUCGGUAUAUCACCGCGGACAACACUACCUUCAUCGCCUACCGUGAUAGCAAAGAGGAAACUCAGCUCUCCUCAACCCUUAAGGUCAUAUAGCAAAGAAUAAACAUAUCACCUCGGUCACACAAGAAAUAGAAACGAUCCCCAGAUGGUGUACACACCAACACCCUCCUACGGUGACAAUCUAUCGAAGCUCGAAAGUAGGUCAACCAAUCUAUACCCACCUUAUCCUCAACAGGUGUCUCAACAACUAGAUGAGACCAACUCAUCAAACUCCAACCCCAAGGCAAAUACAAAAGAAGAUGAUAUAAAUGGAUGAGAUGCACCCUUAUAACUUAACAUAUUGGCUAGAGAAUUGAACAACAAAAAGUUACCUCUUACAAUCGGAGGUAUUGCUAACUGAUCCAACGUAGUAAUAGUAUACACAUGCCCCAGAGGUCUCUGAUCUACCUGCUCUCCCCUCGGAGCAUAGGCCCGAUGCACAGACUGAGCUGUGGAUCCCUAAUUGGCCCUCAAGGCCUGAAUUGACUAAGCCAGCAGAUGUCUCUAUGCUUGUCUCAAAUCAGACGCACUAGAUGUGCAACCUAACUGAGGGCAAAACUUCAUCAAAUGCUCGGUCUGCCCAUACUGAUAAUAGCUACGGUACAGGAACAAUAAUGGCUGUACCGGCACAUGACAUGCAUGACCAUGAGUUCGCUUUGAAAUAUGAUAUUCCUAUCUGCUGGGUUGUGAUGCCAGAUGGUGGAAGUUCUGGUGAUUCUGAAAGACCUUACUCAGGUGAAGCUAUUAGUGUAAAUUCGUCAAGUCCAAUUUUGGGUCUGGACAUCAAUGGCUUACCUAGUAAAGAAGCUGCUUCCAAAGUCAUUGAAUGGGUGGAGAAAAUUGGAAAUGGGAACAAAAAGGUGAAUUACAAGUUGAGGGACUGGCUUUUUGCUCUGCAACGCUAUUGGGGGGAGCCCAUCCCAGUUGUUUUCUUGAAGGACACAGGUGAGGGUGCUCCACUUCCUGAAAGUGAGCUGCCUCUUGCCCUUCCUGAGUUGGAUGAUUUUACUCCCACUGGGACAGGAGAACCACCACUUUCAAAAGCAGUUUCUUGGGUUGUGACCACUGAUCCUUUGUCGGGAAAGCCUGCCAGACGCGAAACAAACACCAUGCCACAGUGGGCUGGUUCAUGCUGGGAAGAUGAAUUGAAUAGAAAGGAAAACCUGAGAGUGAAGCAUGGAGAUGCCCGGAGGGACAUAGGACAUAGGGAUAUAGAGGGUGAAAAGUUUAUUUACCAUAGUAAUCUGAGCCAGUCUGAGGAGAUGGAGAGCCCAAUUGGUUCUCUAUGGCAUUGGUGUUCUAAUUCAAACCAGGGGAUUAUCCGAGGGGAAGUACAGUUGCUUGGUCACAAAACUCUGUUGAUGUGUUCGGAGAGCAUCAUCAAGAAAGAAUACCUGAUGAAAAAGCAUCAUCAAGAAAGAAUACCCGAUGAAAAAUUAGUAGAGACAAGGCUAUUAUUUUUGGUUUUUGGUAUUGAAGGCGUUCAUCGAUUUUUGGGGACAGUUUGGAGAUUGAUAGUUGGUUCAUCUUUACCCAAUGGUACAUUCAGAGAUGGAACAGUGGCAAUUGACAAGGAGCCUCUAUUGGAACAACUUCGUUUUCUCCAUAAAUGCAUUGAUAACGUCACAGAAGAGAUUGAAGGGACACGGUUCAACACUGGAAUCUCUGCAAUGAUGGAGUUCAUUAAUGCAGCAUAUAAGUGGGAUAAACUUCUAAGGUCAGCCAUUGAAUCAUUUGUCUUAUUGCUUUCACCAUAUGCUCCUCACAUAGCUGAGGAGCUUUGGUCUCGCUUGGGACACUCAAAUUCGUUGGCAUAUGAGCCUUUUCCGAAGGCUGAUCCUGUUUACCGAAAGGAGUCCACAGUGGUCCUACCAAUUCAGAUUAAUGGGAAAACGAGGGGUACAAUACAGGUUGAAGAAACAUGUACAGAAAACGAUGCUUUCAAACUGGCUUCAAUCGACCAAAAACUCUCCAAGUAUUUGGACUGUAGAAAUGUCAGAAAGAAAAGUUAUGUUCCCGGUAAAAUUUUGAAUGUCAUAUUGGAGCCCCAAAACAUCAAGGCAGGUAUCCAGUAGUGUCCUCAUGUAUGAAGAUUGAAAGUCUACCCAACAUAGACCAAGUCAAUUUGCAGCAGAGAAAUUUCUAAACCAUAGAAAGUCGUGCUUUUGUCUAAAAUGUUGCUUGGCAGGUGCUAAUUGUAAAUUUUAAUGAACAUAUUUUCCUUGUAUUCUGCUGCUAAAUAUUCUUUUUGACACUGACAGUCUGUUUGGGUGGGGUGAUUUGGUGAGAACUAAUAUGAAAUGAAUGAAAAAAGGGUCUUGGUUGGACUGUUAUUUGUUUAAGUUUUGCGUAUAGAAUGCUGAUUGUGCAAA